CAACGUGCUGACAUCACACGACCACGCCCAUACGCCUGAAUCCUGGUAGACAGGUCAUAUCCGUUGAAUUAAACACCUGUAUAAAGGUUGUAGGAACUUUGUUAGAUGUUCGGGUGCUACAGGAAAUAACCUGCUUUCAAUUCCUGUGAUAAAACCUGACGUUUUAUUAUUUAAAGCCGAAGAUCUGACGCGGUUUAACGUUACAGUCGGUGAAAAGUCUGUGUGUACUGCUGACUCACCCUUAGUACUCCUACACAGGUGAUACCUGGAUAUACCUGUUGUACCUGAUGCUGCUGUGCAUCACGCCUCAUUCAGACUGCAGUUGACUUCCACUCUCUUUUCUACUCGUCCAUCAUGAAAGCUCUGAUCCUCGUCGGAGGCUACGGCACAAGACUACGGCCUCUUACGCUUAGCGUCCCCAAGCCACUGGUGGAGUUCUGCAACAAACCCAUCCUGCUCCAUCAGGUGGAAGCCUUGGUCAAGGCCGGAGUCCGGCAUGUCAUCCUGGCCGUCAGCUACAUGUCCGAUCUUCUGGAAAGAGAGAUGAAAGCUCAGGAGCAGAGACUUGGAAUAAAAAUCUCGCUUUCCCAUGAGAAGGAACCGCUGGGGACCGCUGGACCUCUCGCGCUGGCUCGUGAACUGCUGACGGACAGCGACGAGCCGUUUUUUGUCCUCAACAGUGACGUGAUCUGUGACUUCCCCUUCGAGGACAUGCUGAAGUUCCACAAGAACCACGGCAAAGAGGGCACCAUCGUCGUAACUAAAGUAGAGGAGCCAUCGAAGUACGGCGUGGUGGUGUACGAGGGAGAGACCGGACGCAUUCACCGCUUCGUCGAGAAGCCGCAGGUUUUCGUAUCCAACAAGAUCAACGCUGGAAUGUACAUCUUCAGCCCGAGCAUGCUGAGGAGGAUACAGUUGCGUCCAACCUCGAUCGAGAAGGAGAUUUUCCCCGUCAUGGCUGAGGAGGGACAGCUUUAUGCCAUGGAGCUUCAAGGGUUCUGGAUGGACAUCGGUCAGCCUAAAGACUUCCUAACUGGCAUGUGCAUGUACCUGCAGUCUGUCAGACAGAACGCUCCUGAGAGGCUCCGCACUGGACCCGGUUUCCUAGGCAACGUGUUAGUGGAUCCAACGGCGGUCAUCGGGGAGAACUGUACAAUCGGGCCAAAUGUGACCAUCGGCGCCGGUGUGGUGCUGGAGGACGGCGUGAGAAUCAAACGCUGCACCGUGCUGAGGGGAGCUCACAUCCGUUCACACUCCUGGCUCGAGUCCUGCAUCGUGGGCUGGAGCUCUUCUGUAGGACAAUGGGUACGGAUGGAGAACGUGACGGUCCUGGGCGAGGACGUGAUCGUCAGUGAUGAGCUCUACAUCAACGGGGCUAACGUUCUGCCUCACAAGUCCAUCACAGACUCUGUGCCUGAGCCUCGCAUCAUCAUGUAGAAAUCACACACGUUCUUGUACUUCUCUGUGCCCGAGUGUGUAUCAGGAGAACACUAGCAGUUUGGUUCUAGUGCUCCCAAAAAAAAAAAAAAAAAAAAAAAAAAAAACACCAGGAGGGAGAUAUGUAUGUUGUAAGUAUUGGAAAGGACGUGCGCUGAUGUUUCUGUACGGACCAGACAAGAUGAUUGAUUGUUUAGAGUUCUUCUUGAUCACCACUGUGUAUAUGAUCCAGGACUUGUAUGACUAGGCAAAGGUUAGAUCAAAUGUCACAUUGCCUUAAAAAGGGAAGAGCUGAUGUCUCUUAUGCAACUUCUUCAUUUUAUCUUUUAUUUCUGUUUAUUUGGGUUUAUUGGCUUGCCUGUGCAGAGUGUAUGUUUGUAUCCAUACACAUAGUACAUAAUGAGUUGAGUAAAGCUUCAAACUCUGUGCCAUUGUAUCCAUAUGACCCAGGUUACAGGAAUACGACGUGUUUCAACCUAAUCUCUAGCCGCUGCGUGUAGUUUACCGUGCGAUUACCGUGUGCCACAGAAUUUCUAUGCAUUAAGAAAAGAAUGGAAGACCUGAUUAUUCGAGAUCCAAUAGAAAUCUAAGAGAACUUGUGAAAGUAUGUGGCAAACGUAUGUGGACACUUGAGUAUUUAACAUCCAAUACUGAAACCACAGACAUUAAUGUGGGGUUGUCUCCCAUUUCCUGGAAAGGUUUCCACUAGAUUUUGGAUCGUGGCUGUGGGAAAUUGUGUCCCUUUAGCUAGAAGAGCUGCAAGAAAUCCAGAACUGAUGGAGGGGACCUGAGGUGCAGUCAGUGUUCCAGUUCAUCCCAACGGUGUUCAGUAGGUUCUUCCACACAAACUUGGUGAACCAUUUCUACAAUGAGUGUGCUUUGUGCAUGGGUGCACUGUCAUGCUGGAACAGGCCUGAAACUCCAAUGAAGGGAAACAAAUUUGUGGCAAAUGUUUGGGGAGGAACCACAUUCUGUUGUGACGGUUGUGUCCACAGUCCUUUGACUAUAUAGUGUGUAAUGGGAAUUCAAACCUACAACUAUUACACUCUUUAAGACCGACACGAGAGAUCUUUCCAUCACUGAAGCAAUAAAGUAAAAGGUAAUUCAGAUUACUAAUGCUCAAUUGCUUCUAAGGAAGUAAUACUGAUUCUGAAAGGAAGUCUUGCAUGAAAAGUUUCUUGACAAGAGUUCAACACCUGCCCUUAGUCAUUCAUUAUAUAUGAAGGUUAAAAAAAGUAAUCAAAUAAUUUCUAAACAAGUAUUAUAAAAAAAAAUAUGAAAGUGCUUUGAAAUACUGUAGAAAUAGAACAGACAAAUUAUGUGUGUGCGUGCAUGCGUGCGUGUGAGUGCGUGUGUGUGUGUGUGUCUGUGUGUAGGGGGGGUGGAUUAGGUUUUAAAAUAAGUUAAAAAAAAAAAUCUUUAACAUGGAGUAAGAGGAGCAAAUGAAGGCAUAGUAAUAUUUGAAAGAAAACUCUUGUCACAAUGUUAGCUCAGCUCAUCACCGUUCAGUUCUUUCCACAUUAUAAAUCCUGCAUGCACUCUGUUUAGGAGAUUGUAGUGAAAAUGAAACUGAACAAAUACUGCAAUGUAUCAUGUUCAUUUGAACUGACUGUGAAGUAUUCGUGUGCUACCACUAAAAUGGCAGCCCAGAUAAUAUGAACACUUUUUUUUAAAUGACAAUCUGAAUUAAUAUAAAAAGUUGAAGCAA